CAGCUUUGAUAAUUUGGUGCAAGGUGCAAGUAUGGCCGCUAGCUUACUCAUCUUAUUGUGUCAUUACGGAUAAAUCUGUGAUUUGUUUUGUAUACAUGUUAAUAAUGAGUUUCUACUCCUUUUUGUAGAGAUUUAUUGUGUUAUAUCUUAAUCCUAUAGAAUAAUCCAAGUGUACCUAUGCCUGAACUGAAGGAUGUGUAGUUUAUUUUUAAAAAAGGUGGUCCUCAUCUAACAUAAAUAACUUUCUGAAUCGUGUGCACAGUGUUUUAGAUUGUUAACUUAUUCAGUUCUAAAACUGAUAUAUAAUUUAUGUUAAGUUGAACUUUCAAGAUAAUAAUCAAUUUACUUGUUAACAUGAUUUUGAAAAGCUAAGAUAUUUACAAUAGGUCACUUGAAACAGCUGAUUUUGUUGGUUAUGUUUUAAAUCCUCAAAGGAAAACAUCACUGUUUUCAUUUCAAAAGUUAUUUGACUUAAUAAAUACCAUAUAAUAUGGAGGAGAAGAGGGAAAGUGAGAGUGAAAAUACCCCAACAGACCAAUCUUGUGUCCCAAAAUCAAAUUUUAAAUAUGAUUGGUAUCAAACUGACACUCAUGUCACGGUAAAUAUUUUGAUCAAGAACUUAAGCAAGGAUGAUGUUGAGAUUAAUUUUGAAGAAAAAUCAUUUACUCUUGAUCUACUUAAAGAUGAAUCAUUUUCUUUAAAUCUAUUCAAACCUAUUGCUCCAUCAAAAUGCACAUAUCGUAUAACGCCAACAAAGGUAGAGUUAAAAUUGAAAAAAUUAAAUGAAGAUUUUUGGUCUGGACUUGAAGCAGUUAAAGGGCCUGAAGUGAAGGAAACACCAUUGCCUCUUGCUAAACAUAACUGGGAUAAAUUUGUUGAGACUGAACUUAAAGAUGACCCAGCUCAAGGAGAAGCGGCCCUCAAUGAACUUUUUCAAAAGAUCUACUCUGAGGGAAGUGAUGAAGUUAAAAAGGCAAUGAACAAGUCUUUUCUAGAAAGUGGAGGUACUGUUUUAAGUACAAACUGGAAUGAAGUUGGUGACAAAACAGUGGACAUUAAACCCCCAGAUGGUAUGGAAUGGAAGAAAUGGGAUCAACCUUAGUUUGUUCAGUAAUUUUUAAUGUACUUCAGUUUCAUAACUUUCGGAUCUAACUAAACCAUAUAAAAUUAUUGUUUAAUUUUAAUCAAUACAAGGCUCUAAUUUUACUUGAAGUGUGAAUUGUAAGGCCAGUUUAAAGAGGUUGAUUAAGUAAUCAAGUUCACGUUUGUUAAUUUACUGAAAUAAAAAGCUCUUUAUUAAA